UAUUCAUUAUUUUCUGGGGAGUGUCUUUAAUCGUGUAAGAGAUUGUGUCUUAUUUAUCAAAUUUAUUUGUUAUAAUGGAUCCUGCGGUAUUUCCCGAAGAGAUCUGGAUUAAGAUCUUGUUAUAUUGCAAUGUACCUGACAUUAUUGCUUUUGGAAGCACCUGCAAGUACCUCAGAAAAACGUCGGACACUGACUACUUGUGGAAAAUGAAAUGGCUACAAUUGAUCUCCAAAGUACAAUUUAAAUUUCCUGAUAUAAAAUGCCUCCAAUUACUCAGUGUAAGCUUCAAGGCAAUGUGCUACAGAUUGCACAUGGUUAUUACACUAGGAGAGAGUGUUCCAUUUCCAAAAUGUUACUAUUGCAGUGGCUACACGUGUCAGAGAAAUUGCGUAGAAGGAUCUAGUGCAAAAGUAGUUAUUGAAAUUGGCAAUAAGUAUACGUGGGUGAUAACACCCCAUUCUGGUUUAAGAAGACAUUUCUCAAUGUUUGGCAUUCCAAAAUAUAACAACAAAUCUCACGCAGAGCAAAUGCAAACUCAAAACAUUCCUAGCAGUAGUGGCCGUUCAAAGUCUGACGGUAAAUCGCUAACAAAAAAAUUAAAACUGUUAAAAUUAAAUGAUCUAACAGCAGUAAAGAUUCCGCGGCCAAGCGGACCAUUUUGUGUCUUUUGCAAUCCUGUUAAAUUAUACAGAGAGAAAAAGCGUUUGGUCACGCAUCCAAAUGACUCUUCAUGUUACACACGAUCAAAUCCAAUAUAUCAAAAGUUAGUCAAUGGCUACUGUACAGACACAGUUGAAGUGCUGGGUAUACCGAAUGUAGAUGUUGUCAGCCCAGCUGAAGCACUACUCAGUGAUGGCACAUUCUCUGUAUUAAAAACAUUCGUAGAUCAUUUAUUUCACCAGAUGGGAUUGACAUCAAUACUGAGGAAGCCCAAUGCUGUUCUUAUGUUUUGCGAACCAUUAGCCAUGCAUCCAAUACUUAGACAGCAAUUAUUACAUUACUUAUUUCAAGAAGUAAAAGUAGCAAGAGUGUGUCUGGUGCCAAAACCUUUAGCCGCUUGUGCAAUGUUGGACGUAGAAACAUGUGUUGUGAUAGACAGCGGUGCUCUAAGCACAACUGUGGCCGUAGUAAUAGGCGGUCGUGUAAUGCCAGAUCGUUGGAAAUUACUUCCAGUCGGUGGCUGGCACGUAGCUCAUCAUUUAAAACAAGCGAUGCACUGGCAGCCAAAGGAAUAUCAUCAAAUUCCGGUAUCCUAUUUAGAUACCAUGGCAGUUAAGGAAAGAUGUAGACUAAGUUACAAUAUCGAACACGAGGAAAAGAAACGCGGACCAACGAAAAGAGAGCACAUUAAUUUGAGAGUUGAUAGCUACGCCGAUUACAAACAAUUUUGGAGGGUGUCAUUGGGGUCAGAGUUGUACAUUGCUCCGGAAAUGAUGUAUAUCAGUUUAGGCUUACCGCAGGUUAUAAAAGAAGUAACUUCCGGUUUGUCUAAGGAACUAAUGCAUGACUGCCUAUCGCAUAUUCUACUGACAGGCGGUAACACUGAUCUGUCUGGUUUCGAAUUGAGAUUAACCAAGGAUUUGAGAGAGUUGUUACCUGAGCACAGUGGAAUUUUGGAAGUCAAAAGUUGCCCAGGUACUCAUAGCUGGAACGUUGCUAUGGGAUCUACGUAUGUGCCUUUAGCUGUACAUCCUGACAAGACUCCACCGGAAUACGUAGAAGGAAAUCCAUUCUGGCUCUCUCGCGAAGAAUAUGUUCUUUUCGGUUGCGAAUCUCUUGAGCAGUAAUAAGGUAAUAAAAGAAAGACUAUAGAUAGUAUUUCACUAUAGCAGUGCACACUUCACUGAUAUACAAAUUGAAAACCGGUACAUAUGUAAAACUUAAUAUCAGGAAAAAUAAUGUUACCACCGUUAAGUAUAUUCUAUCCCAUAUUGUCUAUAAAAACUCACAGGUAUAAAUCCCGUUAACGCGUUGUAAGAAAUCCAUAUAUUAACGGGAUUUCCACACUUUGUACAUCGGAGAAUUUAGAGAUUAUCCCAAAAGAAAAAUAAGAAAAAUAUCAAAUCGUAUGAGAUGAUAAGAAGAGAAGUUCAAUGAAAUUAUUGAGCGAAUUUUCUGAUGAACCUAGGAUAUUGCAUGUUGCUUUCGCAAAUAUCAGCUAUUUGCAAGUCUUGCAAGCAUCUCAUAGGAAAAGUUGUGUUGGGGAAUUGAAAAGAGAAUUCUUUUUGUAAAGAUUAUUCAUUGCGUGUCGAUUCCUACAUUAGUAGAGCUUCUGACCGCCUGUGUUUUGAGAAAAGAUGCUAAGGGAACGAUUGAUAUACGUCGUGUUCAAUCAGUGAUGCUCAGUAUAUUAAUGAUUAUUAAGUUUAAAAAAAAAUGGUUAACGCAAAUCAGCCAAAUUCUAUAUAAUACUUACCCCUUUCUCAAUAAGCAAGGUCAAUUUUAUUACAUAUUCAAUAUUUCAUCAUUGGUCACAAGAAAUUCAUUUGAAAAAGGGGUAAGAUAAGUUACAUAGACUUAUCCCUGCUGUAGUUACUCUGAUAUGAUAGUCACAACGUGAAUUAAUUUGUAAAUAAAUGGAAUAGCUACAAAAAACUGCAUAAGUUAGUAUGAAAGAAUAUAUAGUGAUACCAGAUUGCGUGAUCUAAUUGAUAAUAUUAGUACUGUUAUGGUAAGCAUACGCGUAAUGGUACUCCCGCAAAAUUACCUGCUGUUUCAUAAAUUUAUAUCGGACGACUCUUGCCAAAAAAAAUAUAUAAUAAUGAAGGAAACAUUUAGAAACAUUUCUAGUCACCUUAGAUAUAAAUAGAUUGGUAACAAAAUAAAUAUACUUCCAAAAUAAUAUAUUCAAUAACAAUAACCAGAUAAUUAUAAUUACACAGAAAAUAAUGUGAAUCUCUCAUUUUUAGACUUUUACAGGAUAUAGGGUUGUUAUAGUGUAAUUAAUAUAAUAUAAUGGUCGCAGUGCUCUGCAAACCACUUAUGGAAUUUAAUGUUGAUUUAUAAUAUUUAGUACUGAAAAGAUAUUUUGCUACUUGGCUGAUUUUAUCAAGUAAUUAAAAUUCCAUCAAUAUUAUUUCAUAUAUCGUACAAUAGGAUAAAUUAAUUUAUCUUACAACAGACACUCUUUACUCUGAAUUUUGUUAAACAGGGUUCAAGUGCGUACUUGUGGCACUAUGAAUUCCAUUUUUUUAUAAACCUACAGUUCAGAGAGUAUAGUUGCAACUAGUAUGGAACCUUAUUAACCUUUGGUUCUGAACCAUUAUAUGAAUUUCACUAUCAUGGAUUCUAACGUCAAUUUAUGAAAUUGCAUCUCAACCUCCUUUAAUCGUGAGGCUUCAUUCUUGAAACAUUUUACCAAUGUAAAUAGUAAGACGCAGGAAUCAGAGUAAUAACAUUAUUCAAUAUAAUUUAUAUAAACAUACCGAUUAUAUUGUAUUAUCAUAUAAAAGAUUUUCAUUUAUCUGUAAAUAAUUAUAGAUAUAUUAUCUCAUUAAAUUAUUUAUUUCAUAGUUAUAUCGGAAUUCAAUUGCGAGAUAACUAUAAUAUUCGUGUAUGCACGAUCUAUUUACGAGGUUGUAUAUUUUGUGAAUAAAUCUUCUUUUUCACUCA